AUGGCUUUCGGUCAGCACAUGAUUACAUCUGGGUCGACAUAUGCAUUACUUAGUAAGCUAAACAUGUUGGAUGAUCGAUCAUUAGUAUUUAAUCGACAGGACUCUUUUGAUUUGAUCCGUAAGAAGGCAUGUAAGCUGAUGCAACUGAAGCAUGAUGUGAACGAGAAGCGUUACAAUUUGCGGUCAAGAAUAAUAAAAGUGUUCCGUCGAAAUUUCAAGCAAAGUUGCUUCCAGACUGGCUAUAAUGCAAAGUUUGGUCCUGCAUUUGUAAAGUCGCGAGUUCGUAGAAAACUCGGCAACUCGAAUUACGAGCUCGAGGAUUUGCAGGGCCGUUUGCUAGGCAAUUAUCAUGUCAAGGACAUUCGACAAUGA